AUGACCAUGCCAAGGGGGGGAUUCCUAAAAGCUGUGUUUUUCCUCCUGUGUGCUGCGCUCUGGGAUGGGCGUUUAGCCCCCUGGGAGAUGUGGCCACACAGUUGUGUCCCCCUGUUGAGUGUUAAAGGAAGAACCAAUGUGAGCCGCUUUUACGCAGCAGGGAAGGUCAUAUAUGGGUUGAAGGAAGACAGAGACUUUAGUGUGUAUGCCCAAUUUUGUUACAGUAGGAGUGGGCGCACAAAGGAAAAAAAGGGAGUGCUUAUUCUGACCAGCUCGUACAUCCCCAAUGGGAAAAUGUUAAUCCUGAAGCAGACGGAGCAGGAGAUUAACAAGUACAUGAAUGGGAAGGACGGAAAGACGUGUGCAGACUUAGAGGGGAAAGCUUUGUUUGUCCACCCAUUUGGGAGCACCCCCCAAGGGAAUUUACCCAAUUCGUAUUCCCUUUAUGAGGAACAUAUCGGUGACCAUUUGAAGGGAACCCAGUUGAACUUUGUCCUACUCGCUUGUGGACGCCACGUGAAGAAUGCCUACAAAAUUGAGUUCCGAAAUAAUACGCACUUUUUGAGGAAUCAUUUUUCUUGCGAGGAUCAGGGGCUCAUCGAGAUCCACCUUCUCCUGGUGGUCAUCUUAGGCGUCCUCUCCCUUGCAUACAAAUCGAAGCAGGAAUCGUUAAGGAGAGCACACAGCGCCCUGAAGGAAGGCGUCCACAUGGCUGCAAUCUUUUUUGUCCUCUCUAAUAUAUGCUACCUCAUACAUAUAUUCUUUUAUGCGUUCAACGGGACAGGGUUCACCUCACUGAAGGUGCUCAGUCAGAUAGGUGAAUCCAUUUACGACUGCUUCGUGGUGACCAUUAUUUUUUACAUUAUGUGUUGCACAGUCGAUAGAGAGAAACGGAGGGAAGACACUUUUCGAACUUCGCUCAGCUAUGGCGUCCUCAAAUUUGUGUACCUUCUGGUGGAAAUGCAAAACCAGCAGGAGUUGAAUCUCUACGCAUCUUUGCACUCAGGUUGGGGAAGAGCAAAACAUGGUGCCGUUACUUCCCACGUGGUGAAUGUAUCCACGCGUUCCUACCCUUUUACCAUUUCAUGUCGAUUCAUUCAUCCACACACACACACAUACACAUAUACAAAUAUACACCUUUGUGCAGUUGUAGCUCUACCUUUUGUGGUUUACCGCGUGAUCAUAGCAGGUGCAGAUUUGCUUCUCCACCGUAGCGUUUCACCAAAGAUUUACGAAAACUACAAACGACUGCUGAUGGAGAAGACCUCGAGGGAGGAGACUUUCUUCAUAUCACUUCACAUGUUUUUGUUAGUUCAUUGGGGAGGGGUAACUCACUCAGGGGGGUUAUCCACUGACAAACCGUCCCCUCAACACUGCAGAUACAACCUCUGGAUUUUGUCCAUCCCGGCGUACUACCUGUUGAUGAGCAAAGCUUCCGUCCAUUUUACCCACCUGUACGUGCACUUUUCAAACCUUCUAAUUUUGAUAUAUUUGGUGCACGUCAUUUCGGAGAAGAAGUACGAAGUCACGGAAUCCCGGCACCCCUACUUGGAUAUGGAGAAGGAGGAACCUUUCAACGUAGCCAUUUUUCUCCACCCCCGAGCGAAAAAUAUGUAUUAUGUGAAAAAGUAUGAACAUAAGCUGCUGAGCGAAACGUUGCGAUUUUUGGGCUUUACAGUAAAGUGGGGAAUUCACGAAAAUGGCUACUGGAUGACAAAUCUGAAUUAUUCCUUUGACUAUAUGUUGUCCAAUUUAGUGAUAAAAUAUUUUAAGGAAAAGAAAGUCAAAUCGGUUAUAGAUGUAGGGUGUGGGUACGGGCACUACGUGAACGAAUUAAACUUUCACAAAAUAAGGGCAGUGGGCGUUGACGGGAAUUCUAAGCUAGUCAAUCUUCUAAAAAAUGAGGACAUCUUCCCACUGGACGCCACGAAUGAAUACUUCGUAGCGGAAAUACUGAACAAAGUGAACGACUCGAAUAGGAAAGAGCAUGCGAAGGACAGAUGUUUGGAAGCGAACAAAGUCAUAAAAAAGGCCGCAGAAAUUGGCAGGAGCGUUCUCCACUUUGACUACGUAUUAUGUUUGAACGUGGGGGAGUAUAUUCCCAAGAAAAAAGAAGAAGCUUUCCUCAAAAAUUUGGACAGACUAAACAGCAGGGGUAUUAUUUUAUCGUGGGACAUUCCGGACACCUUCAACACGGGGACGAUAAAUGAAAAGAGUGAGGAGGAAAUUCUUGACCUUUUUUUGAACGCUUAUAAUUACACCUAUGAUGAAAAGAGCAGUGCAUUUUUCCGGAAAAACUGCAGCAACGAUGCUCUAAAAAAUUGCAUAUACAUUUUUGAGAAGCGCAGAGGGUAGCUCUCCUUCCCUUCCAUUACUUGCACGUAUUGUGUGUAUUUAAAUAUGUCACGAGGCGGAUACGAUUUGGUAUCCAUUAUCUGUAAUCGGCUAUUUUUUUUUUUUUUUUUUUUUUUUCUGUUUAUAUGCUAUUUUGCUUCGUUCCUUAUUACUUCGGUCACCCACCUUCAUGGAGCUAGCUAACCAUAGUGUGUGUAAAUGGGCUCAGCGCGUGCGUGGCCAUGUUGGGUGAACCAUUUUGGUGAUUCUUUAGCACACCCUGCGUAUACUCCUUCUACACUUUAUUAAUAACUGGUGUAUCACCCGUUUGGUUUUUCUUCCUCAUGGGAACUCACGAACCACGUCAACUCCAAGCAUACAAAAUGUUAACACAUUUGUG